UAAAGCCUAGUCUUAGCUCUGAAGCUCAAUUCUCCCCCACUGAAGCAAACUCAAAAUUCUCCAUUUUCAAGACUGCUUCCUCCGGCAAAGCUAUUGAUUCUUUCUCGAACUCAUGCAGAAACCCUAAACUCCAUCUCCGCCGCCGCUUCAGCCAACUCACUUCGCCACUUCUCUACCCUUCAUCGCUAUCCGGUAUCUUAUCUACUUUUUUCUGUGUUACGAUCGUUCAUGAAAAGUUUAUCUUCUAUCUUGAAUGAGUGCAAAACUGCAGCAAAGCUGGUAUUCAGGAAUCCAUUCAUAUAUUAUUCAUUCAGGAAUUUUGCAUUACCGUCCACAUCUGUUUUGGAGGAUUCAUGCCUAGUGUCUGAUGAUUUCAUUCCUAGUGAUGAUUCUAAACUGCUGGAGGCUAAGCACAGUUCAUUUAGAGCCAGAGAAGAAUAUGGGAUUUUUUCUGUUGGAAAAGAUGUGGCUGAGAUUUGUGAAAAAGAUGUGUUGUAUUUCAAUAGUAAAAUAGCAGAGGUUCAUGAGGUGAAGGAUAUCUCUAGAAUACUUACAAAUUGCGGAUGGAACUUGGCUUCUCGAAAUGGGUACAUGAUAAAUCUGAAUGAGUUCAAUAUCAUAAGGAUUAUUGAUGAUCUGUUUCAAGAGAGUUCCAGUGCCAAUCUUGCUUGGUACUUUUUUAAGUGGUCAGAGAGCUUCAUUGGAUCAAAGCAUACUAUACGGUCAGUAUGUAGAAUGAUACAUAUAUUGACUUCUGGGAACAUGAAGCAUAGGACAAUGGAUUUACUGCUACGUCUUGUGAGAGAGUAUAUGGAUGAGGAAUCACCCAGUUUGUUGCUAGCAGUCCUAUAUGAAACCCAUUCUGAAAGAAAUAUUUUAGAGAUUGUAUGUAGCAUGCUUGUUAAUUGCUAUAUUAAAGAGAACAUGGUAAAUGAAGCUCUUAAGUUGACAUGUCAAAUGAAGAACCUCCUUAGCAUAUAUCCGUCAGGUAGGGUUUAUAAUGCGUUACUGCGGGAAUUGAUUGGAUCUAAGCAGUUGGAAUUAGCAUGGGAAUGGUUGGAUGAAAUCCAGAGUAGAGGAAUGGGAUUAAAUGCUUCUACAAUUAGCUUAUUCAUUAAUAAUUAUUGCAAGGGAGGUGAUCUUGAAAGUGGUUGGAAAUUGCUUUGCCAAAUGAGAAAUUAUGGGAUGAAACCUGAUGUUGUUUCGUAUACUAUUAUCAUUGAUACACUUUGCAAAAUGUCUUGUCCAAAUUUAGCCACCUCCUUAUUGUUUAAGAUUACUCAGUUUGGUAUCUCUCCAGAUUCUGUGUUACUAAGUUCAGUUAUUGAUGGUUACUGUAAAUCGGGACAUAUGGAAGAAGCAAUUAAUAUAUUGAAGGUUUUUAAGCUUCCACACAAUAUUUUCAUGUACAAUAGCUUUAUAUCCACUUUAUGUUUGGAUGGCAACAUUGUAAAAGCUUCUAGAAUCUUCCAUGAGAUGACUGAGUUUGGCUUGUUGCCAGAUUGUUUUAGUUACACAAGUAUUAUUGGAGGAUACUGUAAAGUAGGGGACAUACAGAAAGGUUUUCAAUAUCUUGGAAAAAUGUUCAAAGUAGGAAUUAAACCAUCAGUUACUACAUACACAACACUCAUUGAUGCUUGUUGUAAGUUUGGAACCAUGGAAAUGGCAGAAUGUUUGUUUUGGAAAAUGAUGACAGAUGGUUUGCUACCUGAUGUUGUUGUAUAUAAUACAUUAGUGCACGGAUAUGGAAAGAAGGGACAAUUACAGAAGGUUUUUGAGCUUUUAGAUAUGAUGAAAUCUUCUAAUGUAUGUCCUGAUGUUGUAACUUAUAAUACUCUCAUUCAUAGUCUUGUGAUAAGAGGAUACGUGAAUGAGGCAGAAAGUGUUUUAGAUGAGCUUAUUCAAAGGGGGCUUUCCCCAGAUGUUGUGACAUUUACCAAUUUAAUAGAUGGGUUCUCAAAAAGGGGGAGCUUUGAAGAGGCCUUUCUGGUGUGGUUCUACAUGAGUGAGCACCAAGUGAAGCCUGAUGUUGUGACUUGCAGUGCUAUCCUCAAUGGAUACUGCAGGCAACGCCAUAUGGAAGAAGCCAAUGCUUUAUUCCAGAAGAUGCUUGACAUUGGAUUGAAUCCAGACCUGAGACUGUACAACAUUCUCAUUCAUGGUUUUUGUAGUGUUGGGAACAUGGAUAAUGCAUGUAACUUGGUGUGUAGGAUGGUGCAGUGUAGUAUUCUUCCAAAUAAUGUUACUUAUAGGGCCCUAGUGCUUGGAUUUGAGAAGAAGUGGGUCAAGAAGCCUGCAGAAAGUGUAGCUUUUAUAUUGCAAGAAAUAUUGAAGAGAUACAAUAUUAAUGUUGAUAUUGAUGAGUACUUAAAGAUGAUAGAGCAACCAGGUAGCUAUAAAGCUUCAUAAAUGAAGUGAAAGCCCAAGGUGGUUUUGUCAUUUCACUCUCAUAAUAACCUUAUCAAGCUAUUGAUGCCGACCUCAUUAGUGAGCUUAAAGUAAAGCUCUAGGAUAUUGAGUCAUUUUCAAUGAUGAUUUUAAAAGAAAGCUCUCCAUUGUGAACAUGGUGAUUGUAAUUCUAUUACUACCCUUUGGAGUCAGACCAUCUUGAGCAUGGGGGAACAUGGAAUUUGUGGUAAUUCUGAAGUUGGCUAGAAAGUACAUGUGCACUUUGGCUUCUAUUUCUGGCUAGGUGCAUUUUGGUUUGGUUGGUGCCCACAAUAAUAGACUCACUCGCGAGAAAGUUUCGUACAUGACAGGAGUCCACAUAGAGGGUCUGGUCAGUUAAUUGCUGUUUCUUCCACGUGGAAAAACAUUGGCUUAUAAAUAUGGAGAAGCAGCAGAUAGAGUUCUCCAUGUUCAAGCUAAACUUUUCCUCUAUAUCCUAACAAAGGGUGAGGUCAGUAGCUACAAAUUUUAAUGUAUGGAUAAAAUCUGAGGAAGAUUUUGACAACUUUUCGUGGACAGGAGACUGAUGUGCUUCAGCAAGUACUGUAACCGCUGCCGUUACUUUUCACUAAUUCUAUUUGUAGAAUUAGUCGUAUAAAGAUUGAUUCAUAGGCUGUUUAGGCAGGUCCUAUUUUGUAAGAUAUUAGUUAGUUAGUUCCUAUUUUAUCUAUUGUAAAUUCUGUAUAUAUAGUACUGUAACUUAUUCAUUCAUUAUUGUUAGCUAUAUAUAUUAGUUGUUCAUAUUAACUGUAAAUUAACUAUGAAUUAGGACUAAUUAGUUUCCUAUUCUCUCAUAGUUUCAUAGAAUAGCUUUUCUAGGUUGUAUAUAAAUAUAUGUUAAUUUCUCAUUGAAAUAUAAGUGAAUACAAGUCUCUUCACCUCUUGUUUCAUGGUAUCAGACCAUUAGUCUGUAAAAUUCGAAUUUUGCUACAAAAUUAGGAUUUUUUUUUUCAUGUGGGGUUUUCCAUAAACACAAAUUAGGGUUUAGUCUAUUUUUUUUUUUUUUUUUUUUUUUGUGUUUGUUGUUGUGUUUCUUUAAUGAGUUAUGCUGAGAAUAAAUCAGAGACAAAAUCCGUGGUUUCAUCUGAUGUGGUUCCUGUGAUGUCUAAAAUCACGGACCAUAAACCGAUUGGUUCGAAUUAUUUGGAGUGGUGUAAGACUGUUCGGCUUUAUCUACGAAGUAUUAAUAAAGAUGACCACUUGACUAAUAAUCCUCCUAAAGAAAAAGAUGAUUCAAGACAGACGUGGCUCAGGGAGGAUGCUCGCUUAUUCCUUCAAAUCUGGAAUUCUAUUGACAGUGAGGUAAUUGGUUUGAUCAAUCAUUGUGAGUUUGUUAAAGAACUAAUGGAUUAUUUGGAAUUUUUGUAUUCUGGAAAAGGCAAUCUCUCCCGUAUGCAUGAGGUGUGCAAAGCAUUCUACCGUGUGGAGAAACAAGAUCAGUCCCUUAUGAACUACUUUAUGUCCUUUAAGAAGACGUAUGAGGAGCUUAAUAUGUUGCUGCCAUUCAGCCCUAAUGUGAAGGUUCAACAACGCCAGCGAGAGCAGAUGGCUAUUAUGAGCUUCUUAGCAGGGCUCUCACCUGAAUUUGAUUAUGAGAAAGCACAUGUUCUUUCUGGUUCUGAUGUUUCUUCUUUACAAGAUGUCUUUAGUCGUAUUCUUCGCACAGAAAUUACUCAUUCUGUUCCUCUUAAAAAUGCUUUGGUAAGUUGUAAUAAUUAUGCGCCUUGGAAAUCUUCUAUUCCAAUUGGGCAUAAAGGAGGCCAUUCACAAGGAGUUGAAACUCGAACACCGGAUUCUGGAGGCAUUAUUUGCAACUACUGUAAAAAGCCAGGCCACACCAAGUUUGAGUGUAGAAAGCUACAGUUUAAAAAUCAGCAAUAACACUCUGUUAAUGUUGCAAAUACUACUGAUGCCACUGAUAAAUCCGUCCUUAUUUUUGCUGAUGAAUUUGCCAAGUUCUCACGAUAUCAGGAAUCACUCAAGUCGUCAUCUCCUUCUGUCACUGCUAUUGUCGAUUCAGGUAAAUCUAAUACGUGUCUUCUCUCUUCAUCUUCCAAAUGGAUCAUUGAUUCUGGUGCCACAGAUCACAUGACAGGUAAUUCCCGUCUCUUUUCCACUUUUCAUUCUCGCAUUUCAACUUCUACUGUUACCUUAGCUGAUGGAUCACCAUCUUGUGUUCGUGGGUCUGGCACUAUUACUCCUACACCCCUGCUUACUUUGUCAUCUGUUUUACAUUUACCUAGUUUAUCAUUUAAUUUGCUUUCUGUUAGUCAACUCACUCGUAAUCUUAAUUGUUGCAUCUCAUUCUUUCUCGAUCAUUGUUUAUUUCAGGAUCUUAUGACGAAGAAGAUUAUUGGUAAAUAACAUGAAUCUGGAGGCCUCUAUAAUCUUGACAUACCGCCACCAACUUAUUUUGCUUGUUCGAGUGUCACUUCUGCUUUUGAGGCUCAUUGUCAAUUGGGUCAUCCAUCUCUUCCUUUGUUCAAGAAACUUUGUCCGCAUUAUAGUAAGGUGUCUUCAUUAGAUUGUGAGUCGUGUCAAUUUGCCAAACAACAUUGUCUUAGUUCGAGUCCACGAGUCAAUAAACGUGCUAGUGUUCCUUUUGAAUAAGUUCAUUAUGAUGUUUGGGUCUUUCUCCUAUUUUGUCUAAACCUGGAUUCAAGUAUUUUGUUACUUUUGUUGAUGAUUAUUCUUGUGUAACUUGGUUAUAUUUAAUGAAAAAUCGUUAUGAGUUGUUUUCUA